CUUUCUUGCACCCUCUGUUGUGUGCUACCGCAAAACUGUGCACAGAUGCACCCGCCGUUACCUGGGGAUAAUGACAGCACAGAUUCUGGCAUCUGAGCUCGGAAAUCUUAUUCAAGAUUCAAAACGCAAGAAUACGGAAUUAAGAAACGCUGCAGAGAAGUCUCUGCAGGACCUAAAGGCUCUUCCAGUAACUUCCGAAACCCAGUUAACCGGAGGUCACGAUGUACAGCUCAAAAUACUGCAAGCGCUUCCCUCGCUUCUCCAAAAUUAUUCCUUCGAAAUACGCGGCGAGCUUCUCUCAAUCACUUUACAGAUAUGCUCAGCCCUUCAGAAUGCAAAGAACUUUGCCGUAAGCAACACAGCUGCAGCUACUCUACAACAGCUCGUUAUAGCUGUUUUCGACAGAGUGGUGGCCGAAGAUGAAAAGGCCUUAGAAAUCCCAACAAUCACGGAAGUUACUGGAGAUGCAGGGCCUGUUCCAGUUAGACCCGCUGCUUACGAUGCUUAUAAGGUCUUCAACGAUCUCAAUCUGAUUGUGACCGGGGAAAGGCCAUCGUUCAUACGGUUCUCCUCCAUUCCUGCUACGUCUACCCUCGAGCUUAUAGAAGCCAUCUUGUCCAAUCACGGCAGCAUCAUCUCUACCCAUACCGAGCUGGCUCAGGUUCUUCGAACUUUACUCAUGCCUAUGAUCAUCAGGUCUCUCUCCGAUAGGCACUCCUUCCCAAUCACUCUUCGUACAUUCCGUAUUCUUUUCCUACUCAUCCGCAACCAUUCGGCAAUUAUGCCUUCGGAAUGUGAAAUCGCCUUGGGCCUGCUCAAUCACAUGCUAGACCCCGAGGCAUCCCCACUUUGGAAGAGAGCACUAUGUCUUGAGAUUUUCCGUGGAUUGUAUUCAGAGCCACGCCUCGUACUUCAGAUAUAUGGUCAGUUUGACGAACAGGAAGGAAAAAAAUGCAUCUUCGGGGACAACCUAGCAGCUUUCGUACGUCUUGCAACUGAGAAGCCGGCCAUUAUUGGUAUCGGCCAGCAUUCUACUGUCCCAGCGGCCCGCACCGAUGGCAAAGACACGGCUUCUGAGCAAGCAGUCGCGGAAGCUGGAGCAAUUGCGGGUGUUAUAGGUACGCCGGUAUCCGACUCAUCUCCCGGUCAUCAUACAGGAAUCAGUACACAAUGGAGUACACUAAAAACACCCUGCAUGGAUCAUCUCGAUAAAGCGGACCCGCCAACCUUACCGGAGACAUAUGUCUACAGUCUAGUCCUCACUUGCAUAACAAAUCUUUCUGAAAGCCUUGCUAAGUUUGUCCUACCCCUGACGGUACACCACGAAAGCAAGAGUAAGAAAAGGAGCAAAACCGAGGAUCUACCGAAGGAGGACCUAGAGGCAGUUUCUCCAGGGCCAAGCAAUCGACGGCUUUCGAGGACCCAGUCCUAUCGAAAAAAAACUGUUCCUGUUAACCCGCUCACUUUAACGGAUCAUUCUGCACAUUUUCUGAUUCGCACUACGUCAGCACUUGUUAAUGAAUGUUGGCCCGCUGUUCUUGCGACUUGCUCAACUUUCCUCAAUGCUGCCCUUGACGCAGAUUUCUAUCGAGCUCUAGUCCGAGCAGUCCAAAAAUUUACACAGGUGGCGGGGCUCCUGCGACUAUCAACCCCCCGGGAUGCUUUUCUCACAACCCUUGGCAAAGCAGCGGUCCCAUCGAAUCUCGUCCUUGCAAACAUGGCAUCACCCAAAACACCAACUCCCGAGAAUGCCGGAGUAUUCACUAACGCAAAGGGCUUACUAAGUGUUGAUAGCCUCGUGAGCCAGGCGUCUUCGAUGUCCCUCGACAAGAAUCGACGACCUUCCCAUGAAGCUAGCCUACCAAUGCUGGGCCCUCGUAACCUUUUAUGUCUUCGAGCAUUACUGAACCUUGCAAUCGCUUUGGGACCGACUCUCCAAUCCGCCUGGUCGAUCAUUUUUGAGACUUUGCAGAUCGCGGACCUAGUCAUGGCAAUGUCAAACUACCAGAGUGGCGUUCGUACACCAAUUGCAUCUGGAAACCGUGUCGAUACAGAGUCAUCGUUUGAGAAGGUCGAAGCGGAAACAUCCGCGGUUCAAGCAGCUGCACGAAGGCUAUUCGAAAGCACAGUGGACUUUCCAAACGACUCUUUCGUUGAGCUACUGAAAGCCCUGUGCAUGCUUCUCCACUCAGAGAGUGACAGUGGUUCACGCACGCCAACUAAUCUGGUUCGCCCACCGGCCCUACACCAGCGUCGCAUGGGUAGUGUAUCUGGUAUUUCUCUAAAUACUGAGAAUAAUGCUCGAGAUUCAGUCUUCGCGUUGAACAAGAUUGGGGAACUCGCAACCCUGAAUGAGUCAAGGCUAGCUCAAUAUGAUCCUCCUGAGAGUGGUUGGAAUGUCUUCGUUGCUGAGCUCGUCCGGUUUUCUGCAGACGAAAGUAAACCGGCAUCAGCAAGAUUGCUCGCAGCAGAUAUAUUGUCCCGAACAGUCAGGGAGAUAGCGGAAUUGUCCAUGGUCGACGAACAACGCAAUGACAUCCAGAUCAGAAUCCUUUCCGCUCUUCAGACCCAGAUAUCUGCUAUGCACAGCAACGACGACGAAGACGAGACCUACAAUGAUACUGAUAUUAGGAUUCACCAGAUUGCUCUCGAGGCAUUGAAAAAUGUCUUGGAGCAAUGUGGAGAGUCUCUCGUCGCUGGUUGGGACUCGGUCUUCGCUAGCCUUCUAAGUGUAUUUAUUUCCCAAUCCUCCGACAUAGUAGAAGACGAAUCAGAAGAUAAUGCUCGGAAUGGACACGCUAUUCGCUCUGGUCAGAUCGAAGUUAUUUCACGACAGCUCGCUCGAUCAGCAUUUGGAACCGUCCAACUCGUCUGCUCGGAUUUCCUCGCUGCGGUUCCUGAUACCUCACUAUCAACUCUUCUUGAGUUGUUACUCAGAUUCUCCUCCGCACAGGAAGAUCUAAAUAUGUCACUUACAACGAUCACGUUCUUUUGGAACGUUUCUGACUUUCUACAUUCACGGGGUAACCUCUCUGCACUACCAAUAUUGCUCGACAGCGUCGAGAAACAAUGCGAAGUGCAAAAAAUGGUUCAACGGCAUUCUCAGCAAGGGUCAAUACCCACACUGUGGCUUCAGGUACUGCUGAACUUGUCAGUGAUCACCAUAGACAGACGAGCUGAACUUCGUAAUUCCGCUGUACAGACCAUUCAGAGAAUAUUCGAAAACUACGCCGACCAGCUAUCGUCGCAAGCCUGGAUGCUGUGCCUCCGCACCGUCCUUUUCGACAUGGUCGAUUCUAACCUUUCCGUCCAGACGUCAAUCCAUAGCGAGCACCGAACGACUGCAGACGAGAUGGCUGCCUGGAAUGACACUACCAAAACCGUUCUAACUUCCGUCAGCAAGUUGAUGUCAACAUAUAUGGACCAGGUUGAUCAAUCUACAAACCUUGGUGACGCAUGGUCAGCUUUGCUAGACUACCUUGAGCGUUUCUUUGACUGUAAUUCCCAUGCUCUUGGGUCAUCAGUAUUCUCCACGAUUACUACCAUAUUAUCCCGAAUUGAAGAUUCACAGGCACUGGGAAACGAACCGCUCCUAAAGACAGCAAGCGUUUGGAAAAGCUAUUUCCAGCAUCGUGAAGCAUGGCCCCAGCAUCUAGAAGGGAGCCAGGAAGCUUUUGUAGCGUAUGCCGAAGCUUUCAAGUCCAUCUACCGCCUCGCUCAUGGUUCCUUGGAUGCCGACAUUCCCGAAAUGCUGGCUAACCUCGAAACCUGCAUCAUUGACUCAGACGAAGUGGCAUAUUCGUCAGACCUCGACCACAUGACUCCUUUGCAGACGCAAGUCAUGGAGUGCUUGGCUAUGGUUCGCUCGGAAACACCAAAGCUGCCUCCGCUCUUGAUUGAGUUGCUGAGCCGGCUCGCUACGCUGCCAUAUAACUCCGUCGCAACUAAUCCGGAAAAGCGUAGUCCAACUUUCGUUGCGCUCUCAAAAGCAUCAAUGAGUCUACUGCAAAGUAUUACGAUAAAACACAUAAACGAAGACCAACUGUAUAUCACUGGGGCUUUUAGCGUCGCAUUGGCUAGUCUCUUGAAGCCAAUCCAAGAGAAGUAUGUCUGGCAGCGCGAAGGAAAGAGUCCAACACUCUGGCAAAAGUCCACUACCACGGCGCUCGCUAUUCUCGAGCCUGGGUUGCCUCAGAUUAUCAGAUUGUCUGAUCUGAAAAGUGAGCAGGCUAAAGCAAUAUGGACUCAGAUUAUAGGUCUAGCAGGAGCUAUCACACGCGCUCAACUAGACUCAAGUAAUCCCUCAGCAUCCAUUGAAAAGGAUGAAGCCUUUGAUAUAUCCGCGUUUGCCAAAUUGCGCAGGCUGAUCACUCUCCCCCUCGGCUCCACAGCUCUAUCGGACACCCUCAGACGAACAUACACCCGCGACCUAUUCACAACCUCCAUCAUCCACUCUCCCUCCCCAGGUGAGAUCACUGACCUUACCAACGCACCUCUAGAACACCUCUACAAAAUUCGGUUUGGCCAAACCAAAGACCCAGAACCAUCCCUUCGCCCAGAAAUGGGAUACGAAUGCCUCUCAGAACUCAUUUCUCUAGUCUUUGUCCACGACAGCUCUCCCAAACGCAUUAAACUCGCCCAAGCAGCAGCACCCUACUUCAUCCUCCGUGCUGCCCUGCCUCUGCGAAUGUAUAUCGCUGAUCAGCCCCUUCGAGGCCGAGGGCCUAUGCCUGAGAGCCAGAGACGUGAGCUACUCUUUGUGUUAAGAGAGCUUAGGGACUUGAAGAGUGAACCAGCUGCUAUUCCGGAUGCUCUGGGCGUGAAGUCAAAGCAUAAGAAGCAUUUGCAUAGGCUGUACCCGUUGCUGGUCAGGGUUGGGAUGGUCGCGAGGGCAGACAAGGAGAUUUUUGAAGCAGUGGGAGCAUUGGUGGAAAGUGUGGGAAAGGAGUUCGGCGUGCUAGAUGAUUGAUUUGUACGGUCAUUGGCUUCUGUAGUGGCAUGAUCGGAUGGGGAGUUUGUGGUUUUGUUAGUCCCCUGCGAAUUUGCAAUGAGCUUGGAAUGAAACGAGAGUGCUUGAUUCUACAUUCGCCU